AACUGCCAAAGGGGUCCCAGAGAUGGAAACUAGGCAUAGAAACUCUCCCCACUUUAUACAUUUUUUGUUCUUGAAGCUUAGGGCACAUUUUCUGGCAGAAAGUGUUGAAAACUUGGGCUCUUCUUAUGGCACCAGGAUUUUUAUCCGAGUUUUAAAACUCAUGGGGAAGGGAAAUAGAUACAUAAUGUGGGAAUUACAGGAAUAAACCUAAACUAAAUGAUGAAAAAUUUCAUCACUAGGGGUGCAGGAAGCUUUUUGACCACUCCCAUUCUCCUAUCUGUGAAUCAUUUCUACUGUGCAAACAGUUUUGGUUCACUAAAGACUGUUAGGCAAUUUUAUGAUUUUGUUUUCUUAUAUUUAGUUCUGAAUAUUUUCUCAUCCAUCCCCCAAAAAGGCCUGUUUCUCCAAUAAAUAUUAAAGGCCAUUUCAACCAUUCUCAAUAGUUGUUUGUAAUUGCUGUAUUUUAGCAGAAGUUGAGAAAGAACAGGUGUGGCAACAGGGUUUUUGAACGUCAGGGAAAAUGCAUCAUAUUUGACAGAACCUUUGCUCCCAAUGGUUACCAAAGAGUCAAAGACACAACCAUGCGUUGUAAGAUGGCUUGAAUUCUUGACCUUCUACACAAGAAUAGACAUGUAUGGCAUAUACAGAUAAUCCGGUUGCUCUUUUCACCUAGCUUAUUAAUUGCAGGAACUGGCUCUGGAAUAAAUUGAUGGUCUCCGGCUGCGUUCAUGCAAAAUCACUACUGAUAUUGGUGUUAUGCUCAUAUGAAUGGAGUCACUCCAAUUGAGAUCUUCUCUAAUUUCUUGACCGAAUUAGAAGGUCCAAUGAAACGAGAAAUAGAUACAACAUUAAAUGCUCAUGUGGGAUUCACGCUUCUAUACCGGCAGCGCUAAACAUUGUGGAAGUGGCAAUUUGUUAUCCAAGAUAUCUUCAGAUUCUACUGGUUCUGCAGCUUUUGGAGGUGGAGAAGAUGUCAUUGUCAUUGUAAUUGCUGUUGAAUCAACCAAAUCUGGCUUUUCUGCCGUUUCAAAUGGAGGGGGAGCUGAAGAAGGGGGUGAUGUUCUUCUCCUAAACCGUGAUCCACAUAGAGCUGUGAUCGUAGCCAUGGCUGCUGCUAUCCCUACAACUAGGAGUGAAAAUGAGAGCAAUGGAUGUAUUAAUGGCUUCUCAUUCAAAGGGAUUCUCCUUCCCAUGACUUAAACAUCCAAAGGAAGAUAAUGCAAACUUGUGACCUCUAUUUCUUUGGAUUCU